AUGCGUGUUGUUGUUGCUCUUAUUGUUCUAUUGGUAUUGAUCUAUCGAACCGAUGGUCAUGGUCAACAUGGCUCUACCGGUAAUCAACCUCCAAAUGGACAACCACAUGUUGUACGAAAAAUGGAAGAAUAUGUUCAUGAUGUGGAACAUAUUAAACAUGAUUUAGAAGGUCAAAUAAAUAAACCAAAAGAAGAGAUGACAUCAGAAGAACAGAAUUUUUAUUAUUUUAAAUUACAUGAUACAAAUAAUGAUAAUCGUUUAGAUGGUUUAGAAAUUGUAGCUGCUUUUGAUCAUGCACAUCAUGAAGAAAAUAAGAAUAAUACUGAUACAACAGGACAAACUCCUCCACAUCAAGAACGACUUCCUGAUGAAGAACUUAUACGUAUUGUUGAUGAUAUACUAAAAGAUGAAGAUCUUAAUCGUGAUGGAUAUAUUAGUUAUGAAGAAUUUAAACGUGCUAUUGAAGGCACUUCUACUUAA